UUCACCUUUGAUUACAAUAUUGGUGCUCCAGUUCAAGAGAGAAGCAUUGGAAGGAUAUGAAGUUGAUUGCUAAUCCAUAGUUGAUAACAAAUGAGAUUAAAAGGAAAGUAAUGGCGGUAAAUUGAAAAGGGGAACCAUCAGGAACAUUGCAAGCCUAUUUAAAACAAGUGUUAGGACAGUUCAGAGAAUUUGGAAGCUAGCAGCAAUUACUUCUACAGAUGGAAGAGUUGAUGUAUCACGCAGGUUUCCUAAAAGAUGCGGAAGAAAACGAGUGGAUAUUGAUUUUACUUUGAUCAUGGCAAUUCCUCUCCGGCGCCGGACAAAUAUCAGGUCACUUUCCAGUGAAAUGAAAGUGUCCAAAUCAACCCUUCACCGACGAAUUAAAGAAGGUGCUAUAAGGCCACACUCAAAUGCACUCAAACCACAAUUGACAGAUCAGAAUAAGCAAGUAAGGCUUAACUUUUGCUUGUCAAUGCUUGAACCAGAAAGUCUCAACAGCAAUCCAACAUUUAUGAGUAUGUUCAAUGUUGUGCAUAUUGAUGAAAAGUGGUUUUACAUGACUAAAGAAUGUGAAAAAUAUUAUCUUCAUCCUCAAGAAGAAGAACCUCUUAGGACAUGUAAGAGCAAAAAGUUCAUUGUGAAAGUUAUGUUCCUAGCUGCUGUUGCUCGACCACGUUUUGACUGCUCUGGUAACCCAACAUUUGAUGGGAAAAUUGGGAUUUUUCCUUUUGUAUUCAAAGAACCAGCAAAGAGGAGUAGUAAAAAUCGUAUGGCAGGUACAUUAGAAACUAAGCCAAUAUUGUCAGUGACCAAGGAAGUAUAUAGGAGAUGUUUAAUUGAACAGGUUUUGCCUGCAAUACAUGCUAAAUGGCCACGGGAUGGUGGUAGUGUUACUGAAAUUUUGAUCCAACAGGAUAAUGCAAAACCACAUAUUAAUCCCACUGAUCCUGUAUUUAUUGAAGCUGCUUCUAGAGAUGGAUUUGAUAUUCACUUGUCAUUUCAGCCUCCUAACAGUCCGGACAUGAAUGUUCUUGACUUGGGAUAUUUUAGAGCUAUACAAUCCUUGCAACAUCAAGAAGCACCCUUGUCAAUUGAUGAGCUAAUUCUUGCUGUGGAAAAGUCAUUUGAUCAAUUAUCAAGUGAAAGUCUAAACAAUGUUUUCUUAACAUUGCAAUCAUGUAUGGUAGAGGUGAUGAAAAAUCUUGGGGGAAAUAACUAUAAAGUGCCACACAUUGGGAAGCACCAUUUAAUGAAAGAAAGUUGUCUUCCACUGCAAAUAGAAUGUGAAAAAGAACUUGUGAAUCAAGUUCUAAGUCAUAUGCAAGCGUGAUUAUCUUCAUUGGACAGGUACUUAAACUUUACUAAUCAUGUGUUUUGAACAAAAUGAUGGUUGAAGUCAAGCAAUCCAACCCUUUUGAUUUUGUGGUGCAAGCUUUUGAUUGGGCAAAGAAUAUAGAAGCACUUUUAUGUACUAGUGGUUUUUCAUUGACUGCUUUUAUUUCACUUUACAAGAUUUUAGAAUAGCUCAGUAAAGUUAGCUUGACGUUAGUAGUAGUAGUGCUGAUUUUUGUACAAAAGGGAAAAUGUGCAAUGCUGAGUGAAGCUAUGUACAUGUAUAAACAUUGAAACACUACUUUUGUUGGAGUUUUUGAAACUGUCAAUAGCAUUAUUCUAUAAAGUGAAAAUAGUGCAUAUUGGUUUGCA